AUGUUGUGGAAUGAGCACGAGCUGGUACCAUCUGAGGCCCUGCUCCAACCACCGCAGCUGAGAGGUGUCCCGCCCUGGCCCCUGAUCAGGAGGAGCCCAGAGGAGGAGGCUGCAGAUGCGAGGAGAGGAGCAUCUACAAUGGGACUGUAUGGAGCGGCGUGGGGCCCAGAACCUAUAGUGGAGUCUCCCCCCGGGGCCUCGAACGUGGUGUGGUGUUGUAGUCAGGGCCUGAUGGAGUCUCCUCAUGGCCUAGACCCAGGCGGUAAAGUCUACCCUGGGGCCAAGACCUGGUUGAUAAAGCCUACCCUAGGACCUAAAACCUGGUGGUGGAGUCUCUUCAGGACCUAG